AUGUUAAAGAUAGAAUCAUUUGAAAGAAUAAUAAUAGAUAAGGAAAAAUAUUGGCGUAAAAUAUGGAUUUUAAUAUACACAAUAAUAAAUUUGAUAUUAAUUAAUUGUAAUCUAUAUGGAAUAAAAUAUAAUAAGCGAGAUGUAUGGAAUCCUACCCUUAUAACAAGUAGACACCAUAGAAUUUUGAUACAAACAGGAGAAUUAUCAGCAACACAAGUGGACGUACUUAGGAAAACAUUAUUAACAGAUUUAUCAGGUGGUAGUUCUAUAGGAAGACAACAAACUGUGUUAAGUAAUAAACUAGAUGAUGAUACUAUAACAAAAAAAUUGAUGGAAAGAGGAAUUUUAAAAACAAAUAUAACAGAAAAGAAGGAAGUAAAAAUUCAAGAAAAACAAAAGGAAGAACAAGAGGAAGUUGUAGAAUAUGAAGAAAUUGAAGUUGAUGAGGAUGAAGAUGAAGAAGUGGAAUAUGUAGAAAUUGAAGUAGAUGAAGAUGAAGACGUAGAAUAUGAAGUAGUUGAAAUUGAGGUGGAUGAUAAUGAAGAAGUAGAAUAUGAAGUAGUUGAAGUUGAGGUAGAUGAUGAUGAAGAGGUAGUAUAUACAGAAGAUGAAUUAGAUGAAGAUGAAGAUGAAGAUGAAGAUGAAGAAGAAAAAAUAGAAGAAAAAAAAGAAAGUACACAACUAAAAAUGGAAUCCAUAGAAAAGAAACCAUUAGAAAUUAAAACAACUCAAAAAUAUCCAUUCACAACGGAUUCACAAAAGGAAAUAGACCCAUUAAAAAAAAAUGAAAUAAAAUCUUAUGAUCCUUUUAAAAAGGAUAUGGUUAAACCAGAGGAUAAUUUAAAAAAAGAAGAAAGAAAAUCAUAUGAUCCUUUUAAAAAGGAUAUGAUUAAACCAGAGGAUAAUUUAAGGAAAGACGAAAGUAAACCAUAUGAUACUUUAAAAAGAGAUGUAACACAAACACAAGAUAAUUUAAGAAAACAAGAAAGUAAACCAUAUGAUCCUUUUAAAAAGGAUAUGAUUAAACCAGAGGAUAAUUUAAGAAAAGACGAAAGUAAACCAUAUGAUCCUUUAAAAAGAGAUGUAACACAAAUUCAAGAUAAUUUAAGAAAAGACGAAAGUAAACCAUAUGAUCCUUUAAAAAGAGAUGUGACACAAACGCAAGAUAAUUUAAGAAGGGACGAAAGAAAACCAUAUGAUCCUUUAAAAAGAGAUGUAACACAAAUGCAAGAUAAUUUAAGAAAAGACGAAAGCAAACCAUAUGAUCCUUUAAAAAGAGAUGUAACACAAAUGCAAGAUAAUUUAAUAAAAGACGAAAGAAAACCAUAUGAUCCUUUAAAAAGAGAUGUAAAACAAACGCAAGACAAUUUAAGAAGAGAAGAAAUAAUAAUACAAGAUACGUUAAAAGCGGAUGUUAUAAAAGCACAGGAUAUUUUAAAAAUGCACGAAACAGUAGUACAAGAUACAUUUAAAGAAGGUUCUAUAAAAGCACAAGAUAUUUUAAAAAGGCACGAAACAAUAGUACAAGAUACAUUUAAAGAAGAUUCUAUAAAACAACAAGAUAAUUUAAGACGAGAUAAAAUAAUAAUAGAAGAUUCUUUUAAAAGAGAAGAAAGAAAAUCUCCAAAUAUAUUAAAAAGGGAUGAAAUAAUAAUACAAGAUAAUUUUGGGAGAGAUAAAAUAAUAGUACAAGAUCCUUUAAAAAAAGAAGAAUCGAAACCUAAAGAUACUUUAAAAAAAGAGGAAGUAAAACCAACAGAUACUUUAAAGAAAGAAGAAGUGAAAAUAACAGAUAAUUUAAAGAAAGAAGAAGUGAAAUUAAUAGAUCCUUUAAAGAAAGAAGAAUCGAAACCUAAAGAUCCUUUAAAAAAAGAAGAAGUAAAACAAACAGAUACUUUAAAGAAAGAAGAAGUGAAACCUAAAGAUCCUUUAAAACGAGAGGAAGAACAAAAGGAAGGUCUAAACCAAUUAGAUAAAAUUAAAAUUAAUAGAGUUGAAGAUAAAUUCAAAAUACAAAUUCCUCAUAUAAAGUCAAAAUUUAUUGAAAGUACAAUAAAAGAUAUUUUGAAAGCAGAAUAUGAAGAUGCAGAUGAAGAUUUAACAAGAAAAUAUAGAAUGAUAGAACUUAUGAAUUUAUAUUUUGAUGAAAUGGAUAAGUUUCAUCAAGAUGAUAUAUAUACAAUUAUUGAAAAAUAUAGUAAACAAAAAGAAUAUAGUUCUAUUAUGACACGUAUGUUUAAGGAUUUUAUGGAAACACACCGUAUAAAUUCUAUAUUAAGUAAAACUAUGUUGGUACCAUUUGGAUUAAUUGUCGUCCUUAUUAUAACUAUUGGUAUAGUAGGUACUGCCCUUGCAUCUGUGACAACUUUGGCAUCUUCUGUUGGUCCAAUACUUGGUGUAAUAUGUGGAGCAUGUGCAUUUAUUUCAUUGGCAUUUCCAGGUUUAUUUUUUGUAAGGGAUAAAAGGAUCAAUGCAUUUAAAAACAAAUAUUUUAAAAUUAAAGGUAUAAAAUAUAUAACGAAGGCUGUUACGAAUACAAAUAAAUCUCAAGAUAAGGGGGGGAAAAAAUGGAAUAUAAAAAAUAGCACUGUGUUUAAAUCGAUUCAGGAAACGGUGAAAGAGAAAUUCGAUACAGGAAAUGUAGGAGGAAAAGUACUUCCAAAAAAUAUUACAAGUAAAACACCACAGAAAAAUACACAAAAUAUACAAAAUAAAUAUCAACAAAAUGCACAAAACAAAACAUAUCAACAAAAUAUACAAAAAAAACAACCUCAACAAAAUACGCAAAAUAAAUCACCUCAACAAAAUGCACAAAAUAAAGCACCUCAACAAAAUAUACAAAAUAAAGCACCUCAAAAAAAUGCACAAAAUAAAGCACCUCAACAUAAUGCACAAAAUAAAAAACCAGUACAAAAUAAUUAUUCAAAACAUAAUGGAAAAGGUCCUAACCAAAUGAAUAGACCUAAUCCAAAUAGACGUGUAGUAUAA